UUCAUGUGUGUGAGUGGGUUCGCGCUGCCACCUGGCGCGACCCACGCGUUCCGUGCGUGGCCUGCGCGCCGUCCGUGCGCCUCCACGUGCGCUUCCCGUCCGCUCCGGCGCGGCGCGGCGCACCGCGCUUCCAAAAUGAGUCCGGGAAGUCGCGCGCUCCUCCCUGGUUUGAGUUUAGCGCAGAAAAGGACGCAGAACCGUGACGAUGCCUUAAGUUCUGAUGGGGAAGUAUCGCUCUCACUGGCUCCUCGUUCCCAUCGUGAGACUGACGAGCAGCUUUCGGAGAUGGCCUCUUUUACGGCGCUGUGUGAUCGUCGCAGCCGUCUGCGCGCUCUACUUGGGUUUCGUGGUGUCACAGGUCGGAUACACGCAGCAACACGGCGGCAGGAGGACCGACACCGACAGGUACCGACAGACCCGUGGACUGGAUCAUCUGGGGAACAUUAACGCCCCGUCGGACUCUGCAGACCCGCAAACCGACACGAACCUCGCGGUGCCGACCCGGUCCAACGUGGUCUACAUAACGCUCAGGUCUCAGCGCCUGAAACCGGCAAACAUCCGCGGAACCGUCAGGCCAAAGCUGAGGAGGAAGCUGAGGAGGGAUAAAUCGUCCAAACCCGCAGUUUCAGAAUGGGACACGGACCAAGCGAAGCGCAAGUUUGCGCCCACGCGCUCCCGGGCCGAACCCGGGGCCGUUGAUUAUAAGACUAUGAACAUAGACACGCAGGGAGAAGCGGACCCCCGCGUCAGUUCCAUCCGCAUUUACAGCCAAAGGGCGCCGCCGUGGUUCAGCGCACAGGACGUGGACGACAUGCGCUUUUUGGCCGACGCCAAAGUUUUGCGCGUGAGACGAGUGUCUCGCGGGGAACUCCCCUCACUCAUAAUAUUCGAGGGCGAGACGAGGGGCUCGCCCGUGACCCACGGACGCGCGGGGGGGGGCGGUGUGUGCGGGGGUCAGUGCGGCGUCGUCAAGGGUCCAGUGGACACCGCGGAGGUGUUCGCCUUCCAUUUGGACCGGGUGCUGGGCCUGAACAGAACGUUACCGGCUGUGAGCAGGAGGUUCGGCUUCUUACACGACGCUCAGCCCUGCCCCGUGGUGUCCUGGGACGCGUCCCUUUUCCCAGAAGGCCUUGCUGCAGGCCCGGCCAGCGUGGCGCUAACAUGGGGAGGGUACCAGCGCUCCCUGAAACAGAGGUGCUGGUCCAAGAACUCCGUCCCGAAGUCCGACUCGGGCUGCUCCACCGUCCAUCACUACGAAUGGAGCAAGCUGGUUCUGUUCGACUUCUUGCUGCAGAUCCACAGCCGCCUGGAUCAGAGCUGCUGCGGGUUCAGGCCGCGGCAGGUGGACGUGUGCGUCGGACCGGGCCGUCAGACGCCGUGCGGCGACAAGGAGCGCAUUCAGCUGGCAAAUAUCGUGCACCGGGGUCACGACCCCAGACGCCUGGUCUUCACCGACAACAAGGGCUUCUUUGACCGCAACGAGGACAACCUGGACUUCAGGCUGCUGGAGGGAAUCAAGGAGCUUCCGGAGCCGGCGGUGUCGGUGCUGAGGAGCCGCCGGCUGAGGGAACGGCUCCUGCAGUCUCUGUUCCUGGACCAGACGUACUGGGAGAGCCAGGGCGGGCGGCAGGGCAUCGACAAGCUGAUCGACGUCAUCGAGAGGCGCGCCCACGUCCUCCUCACCUACGUCAACGCCCACGGGAUCCGCGUGGUCACCAUGGACGCGUGAGGAGCCGUCGGAUCGGUCGCAUAGAAACACGCGGCUGUAAAACUCAGGAAGACGCACGGAGGAGGUUGUUUUCAUACUUAAAGUGAAGGCAGCGUUGCAUCAGUUUCCUUUAAAACACCACACGUGAAAAGGAAAGAUUUUACAAUUGUACUAAUGCUGUCGUCACACCCGCUGCAUCCUAAAUGCACAAAUAGUAUUAGUUAUGAACUGAUAACUAUGAACUAUUAUUAGUAAAGGCUAUUUUUUGUUUAUUGCUACUAUGAAGGAGAAUAUUUCCAUUUUGAUUUCACUUUUUUAAUCUUUUCCAAAGUCUCAAGAAGAAACCAAAGAGGCCUUAUCUUUUCAGGUUCAAGUCAUUUCAUAUCAUACAAUAUCAAACGAUAAAACAGACCAGUGACUGUGCAUUAUUACCUGAACCUUUAGAAUAAGACGCAUGCACUUAUAGUUUCAUUUGCAGUAACAAUCACGCACUUUCAUUGAAAUCCAGCUCAUCUUGUCUUGACAUUUGCAGUGCUUCAUCACAAACCUAUCGUCGAUUCAUUAAAAAAGGCCGCGUGCAUCUACAACAAUGCAUCAUUAAUGUGUUUCCUCUUCACCGUCAGCCGCAGCACGAGUAAAAAUAGCGUGCGUCCCUGAAAGCGGAGCCGGCGCUGGGCUGCUGUAAACGGAGUCCGUGCAGGUUAUUUUCUCCCGUCUGCGCCGAACGCUCACUGGCUUGUUGUUUUAACCCCUCUCCACCCGCAUUGCUGCGUCGCUGGGGUCCAGGCGCCCGCGUGUGUGUAGUAAAAACCUUUCCCGUUCCCAGAGACCCUAACGUGCCCAGGAACAAAGAGCACGUUUACAUCCGUGUAACACAUUAUGACGCAUGCGCAGCACCACGCGAGAGCCUCCAACUCCAAACGUGACAACCAGGCCUUAUGAACCACGGUGAGAUCACUCAUCAGAAUCAUCAGAAGCAGCACUUUUUCAAUAAUAUUCCUAAAUUCUUUAAAUACAGACUGUGACCUGGUUUACUCCAGGCAUUUGUCUACGGUGCAUUGACUCACUUUAUUAUUCUCACUCAUUUUUAAGAUUAAUGUUGGAAAAGGUUUGGUCUCGUGGCCGCUCAUGAGCAUAACGUCUCAGCUGCGUCCAGCUGCUGUCGCCUGGUCACGAUCCAGACACCCAGACAGAGGAGGCCUUUAUUCUGGUAACCUUGGCCCAGUUCUGAUAAUGCAGCUGGUUUACCGCCAUGACAUUUGCUGCUGCAGGGUUUGCUUCAUGUUGACCAGAGGAGGCGACUUGCAGUUGCACUAAUACAAACGAGUAAUAAAGAUUUUGAUCUGCAGGA